UGUACUUAUUAUAUUUCCAACAAUAGUGUGUAAACCUGUCCCAAGUCUAGUGCUGUCACCAGGCAUGGAGAAGAAGAAUGCAGACAGUUCAUUUGGGCAAUGCUUAUGUCUUGAUUGGCAGCAAAGAAAACCACAUUUUAAAUUAGCUGCUGGCUUUUCAUCGGGAGCAAUUGCUAUAUGGAAUAUAGGAUUUCAAUCAUCGUUCCUUGUGAGACAAUCAAAGAUAGAUGACUCAAUCACUCUUCAUCCAAUUCAAGUCUUCACUGCUCAUAAUGGACCUGUUUUGACCAUCUCAUUCUCCCCUGCCGACAAUAGUUUCAUGUGCAGCAGUAGCCGCAAUAGGAUGAUGGAAUUCUGGGAUAUUCAUCAACCAGGGAUACCUAUAUGCAGUCGUCUAUUUCGCAAUCCUCCACAAACUUGUCAAUGGCUUUCUCAGUAUAAUGCAGUUCUUACUAAAGAGGAUGUCUCUCUGCCAAGAAUUGUUCUUCAAGAAGGAUCUACUGCCAAUAAUCCAGCAGCCCAGAUAUUUUCUCAACAGUGUCAUGUCACUGAUGUGGCUUACUCUGAAUGGUUAAACUGUCUUGCAGUGACUGAUAACUCGGGCAAGAUUGAAAUCUGUAAAAUGUCUAAACAGUGGCCAGGGAAUCACAAAGUCAAGCUCAAGAAAAUGUUGGUCAGGAGUCCAUCUAGUAAUGAUCUCUCUGAUGUAUGCAUCAACAAGGAUGUCAUCUACAAGUUGCAAUGGAGUCCAAAUAAAGCAUCUUGCAAGUGGUUUCUAGCUGGUGGAAAAUCUGGUAUAGUACAUCUAUAUCAUCUUCCAUCUAAAUUCAUUGAGAGCAGAUGACUGAUUGUUCCUACAGUUCAGAUACGGUGUCAUUAAGUGUUGAUUGUACAUUGUAGUCACUGCAAUCAAUCAUUAAAAAUGUUCUACAAUGAUUGCUAGCAAGCUUUAUAUUACAGGCGCCUGGUUUACAGAAGGUCUUGGUAAAAGUGUAUGUAAGAGGGUAUUUUUGCGUCAUAAAUUCUCAAUGUGUUCUCAGUGAUGGGCUUUUAUUCAUGGUGAUUAUCAAUGGCCUGAAUGAUAUUGUGUCAUUCUAUAUGAAUGGAAUCACGUGCUUUUGUAUCCUGUAAAAAACAUUAUUUGAUUGUUAUCCAAAUAUUCAAUGCAAUUUUCAAAAAAUUCACACAGAAAUGUAGCAUUAAAAGUAUUUCCUCCUUAAAUUGAUGAAACUGAAAGCCCAAGAACUUACUUUUGGCUAAGUCUUAUUUGCUGCUUAUUUUACAUAGCUUUCCAAUCUCGUAUCUGCAUUGAGAUCAAACAAUCAUCUUUGCCUAACAUAUCAGCUGUAAACAAACACAAGAUAACAUGAAAAUAAGGUGUAAAGCUAUGGGGUCCUAUCUGUUUAAACACUAAUACUUUUUUCUAUGAAAAUCAUCUAUACAAUAUUUGAAAUUGCAAUCUGGAAAACAACAUAAUUAGACCUUUCUUUAUGCAAAUGCACAUUGUCACAACUCUGAUCACAUGACAAAGUCCUAGAGUUCUUUCUGAUGAGUGAAUUUAAAGGACAAGUCCACCCCAACAAAAAGUUGAUUUGAACAAAUAGAGAAAAAUCCAAGAAGCAUAACACUGAAAAUUUCAUCAAAAUCGGAUGCAAAAUAGGAAAGUUAUGACGUUUUAAAGUUUUGCUAAAUUUGGAAAACAGUUAUAUGCACAUCCUGGUCAGUAUGCAAAUGAGGGGACUGAUGACGUCACUCACUCACUAUUUCUUUUGUAUUCUAUUAUAUGAUAUAUGAAAUAUUUUAAUUUUCUCCUCAUUGGAAGGUGAAACAAGUUUUCUUCCUCCAUGAACAUGGGGAAUUACAAUUGUUCUAACAUUUUAUGGUUCAGUAAAGCUGGUCCUUAUUGUCAAAUCUGUAAAAAUUGAAAUAUUGUAUAAUUCAAACAAUAAAAAACAAAAGAAAUUGUGAGUGAGGGACAUCAUCGACUCUCUCAUUCGUGUGUUGUCGAGUUGUGCAUAUAACUGUUUUGUGAAAAAUAAGCGAAACUUUAAAAUGUCAUAACUUUCCUAUUUUACAUCCGAUUUUGAUGAAAUUUUCAACGUUAUUCUUGUUUGAUUUUUCUCUAUUGAUUCAAAUCAACAUUUUUCUGGGGUGGACUUGACCUUUAAGUGUUUUUGUCUCAUCUGCUCACCAGAAUGAGACUGUAGGCACUGAUUUUCCGACGGUGAUGACAUCGGUGUCGACAUUGAAUUUCAUAACAAGGAUUAAGUUUUUGAAAUGUCAUCAUAAUUUAAAAAGUAUAUCGACCUUGUUCAUGAAACUUGGACUCAAGGGUCAUGACAUACAUGUAAGUAUCACUGAUCAUCUUGCAUAAGUUUCAGGUAACAUGACCAAGGUCAAAGAUCAUUUAGGGUCAAUGUCUCAAUGAAAUUUGACCAUGUUUUGCUUUUCAACAAAGGUUAAGUUUUUGAGAUAUUAGCAUAACUUUAAAACUGUAAGGAUCUAGUUCAUGAGACUUGGACAUAGGAAUAACCAAGUGUCACUGAUCAUUUUGCAUAAUUUUUACAUAUAGGUCACUCACAUGAUUAAGAUCAAAUGUCAUUUAAGGUCAAUGAACUUUUGACCAUGUGGAGCUUAUUUUUUUAUCGAAAUGUCAUAACUUUGACAGAUUAUGGAUCUGGUUAAUGGACUUGGACAUAAGUGUAAUUAAAUAUCACUGAUUGUUCUGCCUAAGUUAUUGGUCACAUGAUUAAGGCCAAUAGGAUCAAUGAACUUGUACCAUUUCGUUUUUUUUUUUUUUUUAAUGUCUUCAUAACUUUGAAAGUAAAUGGACCUUUUGCCUGAAACAUGGACAUACAUGGAAGGGUAAUCAAGUAUCACCGAUCAAUGUGCACAAUCGCUGAUGUGGUUUACGGUACACCAUGUGGAGUGUUAUAGAAAUAGUGUAUAGAAGAAGAAAAGGAAAUGGAUUGGCGAGAAAGUGGAAAUUUGAGAGUAGAGUAUUCUUUCCUUGAAUGUAGUCCUGAAAAGGACUGUAAACCAGAAGAGAUUGAUGAAUUGAAAACAGCUUGAGUAGUAGGGUGGAUGAGGAGAUGCUGGCUUGAGUCUGUGAGUAGAGAUGAUGAGUAGAAGCAGUAGAGAGACUCGACGUUUCAGGCAGGUUGACUGUCCGUCUUGACUCCUGAAGCGAUUGUACAUGCCACCAUGCAAACCUUCAAACAACAUCAAUGUGCACAAGUUUCAGGUCACAUGAACAAGGUCAAAGGUCAUUGAAGGUAAAUGAACUAUAAAAUUAUAUGAAUGCCGUUUUUUAGUGAAUAAUCAUAUUAUCUACUUUGUUUUCAAAGCAAGCUCUCCUCUAUUGAAUAAUGCAAUGGUGGCAAGACUUUCAGAGGCAUUCCACUUAUUAAAGGAAAUAUGUGGCUAUAAUAAUGCAUGAAACUGAAGAGUUUGAAAAAAAAUCUUCAUUCUUGGCCCAUGUAUUAAAAAAGAAGUGAGUUCUGCUGAUGAGAUUGGGUUUUGAGAUCACAAGUGAGGGGUCAAAUAUCAUGGAGGUCAAUCAUGUUAAUGGUUCUUUUUUACUGUCGUCCACUAACAGAGGGAAAUAACAUUGAUUUUUUUUAAUUGACUUUUUUCUUGAUUUGAGAUAUUUCCUGUAUGCUCUACAUAGUGCUAAAUAGACAAGCAUAACCCCUGAUUUCUGAAGUAUAGACGUUUCAAAAGCAAGUAACUAUUUUUUCCCCAUGAGACAAUGACACAAUAUCCUCAUACACAUGUAUACUGAUCAUAAGAAACUCAUUUUCAGUGGAUGGCACUAUAGAUCCAAUGAAUUUAGUAAAUUAAUGUUUGGUUUAUAAGUCCAUCUGUGAGUAAUGAUCUGAUUAGGUACUAAGAAAAAUUUGACAAGAAUAUAAAUAUGAGACCUGGGCUGGAAAGGAUGUUAAUUUGUGUUGAGUUGAGAAUCAAUCUGAAUUGCUUGUAAUCCUUCACCCUCACCAUUGAUAGGGUUUUGUUGGAUAUAUCAUUAAGAUGUAUAGUUUGCUGCCAAGUUUCACUUUGAACACGUUAUUUUAGUUAUAUUUUUAACUUUGUACAUGUAUUUAAUUUGGGUAUAUAUAUUUAGUUAUCUAUUUUGUUGAUUAUAAGACAGAGGUAUAACAAGCUCCUAUGGACAAUUCAAAUUACCAUGAUGUACUUGUAGGACCCUAAUACUAGUAUCAGAUUAAUAACAGGCCUUGGUCCUUUGCUGUCCAUUGGUUAUUAUUACCUAUACAAGGUAUUUUAGCAGAUAAAUAAAGUCAUAUUUCGCUCGCUACUUUCAAUCCGAGACCGACGAGGUAAACCUUUGCCAUGUUGCCCUCCCCAGGCUUUGACCAUAGGAAUCCUGUACAAAACAGAGGGCAAUAUUGGCCAUAUUUCUGCUAGUGCGCUUGCGCAGGAGGAGCCAAUUUUGAUCGCUAGUAGUUGCAGUAUUUGAGAAAUCUGACUGGAACCAGUUUAUGAACAAACGCUUUGUAGAUAAUGCGCAGCGCAAGAUUUCUACGCGUUGAGUGUAUGUGCGCGCCAUGCAUGAUGCACGACUGCAAUGUAACAAUUAUGUCACAUUGGCUUAUUAAGGGUAACUUCGCUAAGGUCAUGAAUAACCUGAAAUCAAAAAGAGUGAUGAGCAAACAGGCUUAUAACUUGCUCCAAAUAGUAGCUUGAAUUACACAUGGUACAGCCUUAGGUAAUAAUAAUAAUGACUGGCUCUUCUUUCGGGAAACAUCAAAUAUGUCGCCCAUAAAAGAACCAUAUUGCCCUCAUCUAAAGACUCGGGCCAAUUUGAUUCUGUUGCGGGUGACAUAUUUGAUGUUCCCCUCAAGGCCAGUCAAUAUUAUAUAAAUACCCUAGUGAUAAUGAUAACAUUGGAUACCAUUGGAUAGCAAAGUUUAAAUAAUUAUAUAACAUGGACUGGCCUUGAGGGGAACAUCAAGUAUGCUAACAAAAUCAUAUUGGCCUGAAUCUUUAGACGAGGGCAAUAUGAUUCUUUUGAUGGCAAGACAUUCCCUAAAGAAGAGCCAGUGAAUAUUAUUAUUAUUACCAACAGCUGUAUAAUAUGUAAUUUAAGCUAUUAUUUGGAACAAUUUAUGAGCCUGUUUGCAUAUCAAAACUUCUGAUGUUGGGUUAUUCACGAACUUGGCGAAGUAAUCCUUGCUAAGCAAUUGUGACCUAAAUUGUUACCGCGCACUAUCGCAUCAUGUAUGGCGCAAACAUACAUGUGCUUGGGUUUGAUCAGCUGGGAAUGCGUAUGCACUGCCGUGCCACGCAUUAUCUGCAAUGCGUUGGUUCACACACUGGUUCCAACCAGAGCGCAUAGCAGAGUGAGACCACAUGUAUAGGCGCCGCUUUUCAGACGGCGGCGUCAACACCAAAUCUUAACCGAAGGUUAAGUGUUUGAAAUGACAUCAUAACUUGGCAAGUAUAUGACCUACGGUAGUUCAUGAAACUUGGAUAUAAGGUUAAUCAAGUAUUACUGAAUAUCCUGCGGGAGUUUCAGGUCACAUGAUGAAGGUCAAAGGUCAUUUAAGGUCAAUGAACUUUGGCCAAGUUGGGGGUAUUUGUUGAAUUACCAUCAUACCAUUGAAAGUUUGUUGGUCUAGUUCAUAAAACUUGGACAUAAGAGUAAUCAAGUAUUACUGAAUAUCCUGUGUGAAUAUCAUGUCACAUGACCAAAGUCAAAGGACUUUGGCCAGUUUGGAGGUAAUUAUUAGAUUGCUGUCAUAACUUUCAAAGUUUAUAGAUGUAGUUUAUAAAAUGUGGAUAUAGGGGUAGUCAGAUAUCACUGACAAAUCUUAGGUCGCAUGAUCAAGGUCAAAUGUCGUCAAUGAACAUAGUAUUGUAUCAUUAUAUGAAUGGUGUUUUUUGUGAAUAAUUAUUUUAUAGUAGUUUUCAAAGUCAGUACUGCUGCUGUAUUGAAUCGCAUGAUGCAGGUGAUACGACCAGAGGCAUUCCAUUUGUUUUCUUUACACCAAUUAUUAUACAUCUUCUCUUCUUUUCCUCUUGAAUACCCUUUACAUUUAAAGAAAUAAAAUUGCAAGAAUCUAUAUAGGUGUAGAGAAAAUACUAUGGAGUUAGAAAUGGAAGGAUGUCACCAUCGACUUGCCCCGCCUAGAGCCGGCCGAAAAGGACAAAGAAAAAUAUGAAUAAAACGGAAAAGAGACAUACAAAGGGACCCUCCCCAAAGGACGUAACCUCAACUACAUUUUACAUAGUUGAGUUGUUGUAAAGGUACCCCUUCCCUAUCUCUAACCUCUGAUGCUUUCCAAUCUCUAAUAGUUGUCUUUUCAUUCCUAAAUCCAAAUAGUUGUCUUUUCAUUCCUAAAUCUAAAUAGUUGUCUUGUCAUUCCUAAAUCCAAAAAUUAAACCUCUUGUAAUUAUCAAAGGUGAUUGACUUUAACUUUGCUAUUAUGUUUAGAGUAUGUAGGUGGGAAAACCAGCUCUUCAAACCAUUUAACAUUCUGAAAUAUUUGAAACCAUUAAAAAACAGUUAACAUUAUACCAUAUACUUUUGUCUAAUGUACUAUCCACUAAGACAUUUCAAUUAAAUCUUUCAAAAUAUUUGCUUCUGAUUGAUACAUGACAUCCUAUUCAAAGCAAUUUAAGUUCUCAUCUUACAUUCACAUAAAAUUUGUGGGAGACCAAAACACACUCAACCUCUGCAUUCUUUUCAACCAACAGUCUUGAAAUGACUGCUUUUUUUUUUUUUACUGAAAUAAGUGAUCAAGAUCGGCAUCUCCUGCGCAAGCGCACUGGCAGAAAUAUGACCAGUAUUUCCCUCUGUGUUUAUGCAGCAUUCCUAUGGGCAAAGCACAGGGAGGGCAACCUGGCAAAUGUUAACCCCAUUUAUUGUCUCAAAUUGAAAGUAGCAAGUGAAAUAUGACCAUUAUUUAUCUGCUAAAAUGCCUUUCAUAGGUGAUAAUAGUAUUUAUUUUAUGGUCCCAGGUGGUCUUUUAUCAAACUGUUCAUAAAAUAAUGCAUGACUUUAUGAGCAGUUAGAAUAUGACAUGAAGAAAUGCAACCCCAAAGUUCUUCCUGACAUUAAUCUUUUUGAAGAAUAUUUUUCAAUGUUCAUUCGUCAGACAAUGUAUGCAACAUUUAAUAUUCGAAUUACUAGUAUUGGGAGGCACUGUUUCUUGAAAAUCCUACCUGGAUACUUUUUCAUCAUAGAAUGGAAAUGAUAGGAGUAUUUGUUGUGUAUUGUAUAGGAUCCAUCUACAGUAUUUACAUUUUAUUUCACACUUUAUUUCACACUUACAUUUUUGUUUAUCUAUACAGCAAUGGAGUUUCACUUUUGUUAUACGAUUUGCCCCUUGCUUGUCAAUGAGAACAAAGAAUAAAUAUAGUAUGUAUUAUACUUCGCCAUAGAAUUAAAAAUUGUAAAGUGUCUUCUGUAUCUUUUGAACGAUAACAUCAAUAAUGAUAAUAAUAAAUUGUCUAAAUCCUGAAAUUAAGUGAUCAGUACUAUUGUCAAUAUCACAUCAAAGAAAUGUUUUGGGGCAAACUGUAAUUUGAGAUGGAAUAAUCAUAAUUACAUCUGUGAAGUAUUUUCUGAUUAAAGCAAAGAAAUAAUGGCUUUAUGAUUGUCAAA